AUGGCAAAUCAGUCAAAAGUGCAAAUCAAAACCCAUAUUUACACGGCGAGUAGGCGCAAUUUCUGAUCGGUUUCGACACCAUAGGUUGAAGCCAUGAAGAUAAACUUUAUUUUAAUUUUCUGGUUUAACAACUGCGUCGUAACAACAUCACUAGUAUUGCCUCGAAAUGCAAAUGUGAAAUGUCGGCAGAAAAAUACGGGCGCUUCCGAUUGCUCCCGAUACUUUACGAAAAUCCGGACUGGACACCAUCAUCAUCGCUCAUCGCGUUUGUGUAUGUGAUAGUGGCUAGCCCGCAAACGGGCUAGCCACAAAAACCAGAUGUUUAUACAUUGUCCUGGACAACAAUCGCAUGUACUGCAAAUUUCAAGUAAUAUUCCAUCAAUAUUAAGUUCCUGAUCGAGGUUAUUUUUCAUCAAAACACACAUUUUGCAAGAAACGUCAUUUUCGGCCAUGUUUCAGCAAAGAAUUCUUGAUUGCUAAUUUCCCGAUUGCGACAAGUAAUACGUCUUGAUAAGCGUUUAUUAACGUUUACUUCUGCUAGCUUUCUUUUCUUUUCUUGUCCCUUUGCUGCAGUAGGAGAAACAGGGUAGCGAAAUCUGUGUUUUUGUUGUUUUCACAAUUUUUGCUGGCAAAAAGAAAGCGUCCGCGAUAAAUUUGGUCAGCGACGACAAUUUUCCCACCUGUUUGCAACGAGUAUAAAUUUCUUACUCUACUUAAAUUUUUUUCAUUAAGUAUUCCUCCAAACCCUCCCAAAAGUUUAAAUCCUACACCUAUAAAGUGAACAAAAAUGAUAUACUGCAAAAAAGAAUUCGGACUUUUAAUUUAUGACUAAUUAGACUAAUUGUCGCCCUUGAUCAUGUUAUUACUCAGGUUAUUCAUAUGGCAACUAUUUUGAUCCGGCAAAAGAUUGUUCACGUAUUGUUGACAAUGUUCCAAAAGCUAAGAGUGGCAUAUACUGGAUUCAAACAGAAAAGGGUCCGGUCAAAGUAAGUAAAAUAAUAUGUGAUUUAUGAUCAGGACUUUGUUGCAGAUCCUAUCCCUCAUAAAAAGUAUACAUUUUUAACUAUCUACAUGUACACCAUGGAUGUUAUAUACACUAAUCACCCUAGGACUGCAAUUAAUCUAAUCUAAAUGAAUCUGGCGAGCUGACUCAGCUGAGAACUUUCCCGAAGCAAAUUCGUACGCAAAUGUAACGGCGUUCUCCAACGUUCUUCCGGUAAUUGCAGUCCUGGCCUAGCCUAGGGUGAUUAGUGUACAUGACAUCCAGUUUCAGGUCGUGGCCCAAUUAUCAAUUUGAUAUAGGCAUGGUGUGAUGUUGAUACAGAUAGUGGGGGAUUCUUAUUGAUUGGUAUCAAAGAUACACCUGAAACCUGGGCUAUUCCUUCCAAUUCUUCCCUUGUUCACCCUCACGGUCUGGCGAGGUGGUCAAGUACAUUUGGUGAGAAAAAUGUGAUAGAUUUUCGUGUACAGAUUUCAACGACUAGAGAAUUUCAUGAUACUCGCGCACACUGGUAUGUAACGUGUUGUUGUUGUUAUCACCUCCGCCAGAAGGUUAUGUUUUCAUCGGCGUUUGUAUGUGUUUCUCUGUGUCUAAUAUCUGUGCGUUUGUCUGCCAGCACCAUAACUUGGACAUUACCUAAUGGACAUUGCCUAAGGACAAAUUGAUUAAAUUUUGGUUAAUUUGGAUAAAAAUUGGAUGUGAAAUUAGCAAACACUUGCUUUGCCGUGCAGAGUAAACAGAAUGCACAAUUAGCUUAUUGUAUAAUUUAUGCAUGAUAAAUAACGGCCGCGGAUGUAUGCAGUCUUCGACUUCCCUCUAGUUGUUAUUGUUAUUGUCGUUGUUUGCUGUUGUUGUGUCUUCGACUUCCCUCUAGUUGUUAUUGUUAUUGUCGUUGUUUGCUUUGUUGUUGUUGUUGUUGUUGUUGUUGUUGUUGUUGUUGUUGUUGUUGUUGUUGUUGUUGUUGUUGUUGUUGUUGUUGUUGUUGUUGUUGUUGUUGUUGUUGUUGUUGUUGUUGUUGUUGUUGUUGUUGUUAUUGCUGUUAGUGUUGUUGUUGUUGCUGCUGUUGCUGUUGUUGCUGUUGCAAUCACUUGCUGUUGUUGCUGUUGCUUGCAUGCAUGCGCAGUUGUUGCUAUUGCUUGCUGUUGUUGCUGUUGUUGCUGUUGCUGUCGUUGCUGAUGCUAUUCCUUGCUGUUGUUGCUGUUGCUGUCGUUGCUGUUGCUGCUGCUGUUCCUUGCUGUUGUUGUUGUCGUCGUCGUGGUUGUUGUUUUGAUUGCUGUUGUCUUGACUGUUGCUGUUCAAGUUUUAAAUCAACCACAGCGUAAUUACUCUACUUUAGGUAUUAUCAUUUCAAAUCCCCGCGCAUUCUUUCAAAAUUGCUCAUGUCGAACGAAGGAGGGUGCAGUCAUCGAUACCCAGGGAUUGGGAACAUUGCCUACGUCAAAGAUCUUAUGACCAGAAAGAUCUCAACAAGAAACUUUUACUGUUCGCGAUUUGGAGCUGCGAUUGCACCUGGACUAGGAUGGGUCUGUAACCUUAUUCUUAUACUAUAAAUGUUGAAAACUGUGAUGCACAUAAUUUAGAGGUCUUGCAGAGCACUUCAUUUUCCAUCAUUUUCAUUCAUCAGGAUAAAAUGAACGAAUGUUUUAAAGAAUCAUGUCCAAUUGGCUUUGCGUAUCUUCAUAAUUAUCAUAUCGACACAUCUGGCUCAUACAGGUAAUAAGUAUGUCAUGAUUUGCUUUCUUCGCCCAUGGACAUUAACAUUGGUUAAAGGAAUGAACUUUAUCGAAGAUAUUGAAAAAUAUUUGAAUGAUAUUAUUUGGCUACGUUUUGUUAAAAAAACUCAUCAUCUGGCGUAUUCAGCUACUUUUAGUCAGCAAAUAGAGCCGGUUGUAAACAAAAAAUAUUGUCACAUGCAGACUAAAAUUUGUUUUACGGUCAAACUUUACAUACUGUACCAGUGCAUAUUGCAUAAAAUCAGAACUUUCUUCUGUUAUUUUUCUUCAUGCAGUUACAGUGUUUCGUCUGGACGUUCAGGCAUACAGGACAAUCAAACAUCAUUUAUUGGAUGUGAUCACGGAGAAGUACGUAUACAGGUCUAAAUAGAGCAAAUCAUGAAUAAUUAGUGGUUAAAUUUGAGGGGCUGAUUUGUUUUGGCAACUGCAAGCCUUUAGCCGUUUGAUUAGAUGAUUUAACCGUAAACGAAUCAGAUCAGAUACAGAUCGGAUGCGAAUGUUUCGUCGUACUUAAAAAAUGACCCAUCUUAUGAGUUCAUUGGCGAAGUAAUUUUAAAAAUAAACAUUGUCUAAGCCGAGAAAAUCAAAGCUGAAGUUUAUGUAAAUCCGGACAAAUCUUUAUCCGAUUUACAAACAUUGAUUAAACAUUCAUUUCUUUUGUAUUUUCCUCAUGAAUUAUUAAUGAAUUUUUUAAUGAUAAAUAGUCAACGCUCAAUUCCAAUCUGUGAAACGCCUGUACUGAGAGCAAGGUAGCCUAGAAAGUAAACCGAAGCAAAAUUGUAGCAGUAGUAUAUUUUUUUAAAUGUCGUUUUCUCAACUACAACAAUGCUUUCAAUUUGACGAGUGUCGGACUUUUAACAUGAAAAAAUGUUCUGUGAAUUACCAACAGUUAAAAACUUACUUUAACUAUUUAAAAAUAGUUAAAGUAAAUUUUUAACUGUUGGUAAUUCACAGAACAUUUUUUCAUAUUUCCCAAAGAUUCAAGAAAAUAUUAUAUUUUCCAGCCCUGCAAAAACCCAGCCACAGAACGCAAUAAAUUCAAUUUUAUAUAGUGCUGUGCAUGUUUUGGUCCGGACAGCCAGCAGGAUUACUGCGCACCAAAAUGUCAAGCUAUCAAUGGAGGGACGGUUUUAAGAGAAAAGGACAAUAUCACAGUUUGGUUUUGGAUCCGUUCAUCUUUACCAAAGCGUGUUUGGAAAAAAUGCAUGGAGUUUAAAGAAAAGAACAAUGCUGGAAAAUUUGAAAUAUGGCGUGUCGAGGAUGGAGUAAAGAAACAGGUAAUCGGUUGGCCUAAACUAGAAACAUAUAGCUAUUACAUAUAUUAACAUUGACUUAUAAGACCUGUCUAUAUCCAGUAAUUGCCAUAUUGCUUAUAUAGGGUCCAUGUUCAGUUCCUGGAGAUGUCACAAUUAAUGAUGGGGUAAGCUAUAAGGACUCUGGUAUUCUAUAUAACGAAGUUAUAUGUAAACAACUUCAAAGCUCAAUUGCAUGUCUUUCCCUUUAUUGAAUAACAUCAAAUAAUAGCAAGAAUCUCCGAUUUUGUUGAUUUUUUAUACAGGUUGCAGUGGUUGCCAACAAUAGAUCAAUGAACAAACUUCCAAAGGUGGAAGGUCUUCUUUCCUAUCGUUCUGACGACAAGAAGCUGUAUCUCAAAGAAAAAUCUCAGUGGAAAGCAUUGGCAACUCAGAAAGGCGUAGGUUAUCCGUCCAUGUUGCUUUUCAAAUAACGCCUAAACUACAUGAUAUACGUAGCGAAAACUUUGACGUGUGUGUGUGGGAGGGGGGGGGAGGGGGAAGCUGUACAAUUAAUUAAUUUUCACCCUCAGGAAACUCGAAAAUGCAACAAAUAUUUUGUAUUUGUAGCUUGCGUUCACUUUUAACUUCUACUUUUACUUCUGCUCCCCCCCCCGUCCCCACACACACUCCCCAGUCCGCUACGGCCCUGGUUGUGGUAUGUUAUGUAAGUCGUAUAGUAGCUACUGAGACCACCUUAAAAAGAAUUCUAUCUCUUUUGUAAAAAGAUUAAAAAUGUCUUUGGGAAGCUUUACAGUUUCAAGAAAGAAGUCAACAAUAAACUUACAACGGUGAAUAAAGGUUUUUAUAAUUAUUAGCUUAUUUUAUUUUAUUUAGAUGCUUUACUUUGUUUUUCAAUGUAGAGUCAAUGUUUUAUUUUCUAUUAGUUAAUUUGCUAGUACCACAUCUCUUUGUUUCUUAAAGAUGUUAAAGUGCUGAGACAGGAAUUGACGAGUCAAAGGUAUACUUUAAAUUUACUUUGUUCUAUAUUUACUUUGUAUCUCUUUGUUCAAUCAUGCAUGUUUAUGCAAAUUGGGCAGGGCGAAGACAAUGUAUUUUGGCAUAAUGAAGCAAUCACCCAUGCAAUAGCGUCAUCUCGUCGACUAGUAACCAUGCAAAAUCUUAAAAGAUUUGUGCACAUUGAAUAUGCCCUUUGCUCGUCUUAAUUGAAAACUGUAGCUCACUUAGACGCUUUGAAAUUUGUUGAAUUAACAGUGAAAAUAAUAUCAAAGAUGUCAUUCGUAAACUCGAAAGUUUCAAGCAAGAAGUCAAAAAUAAUCUUACAACAGUGAAUAAAGGUAAUAUAGAAUAUUCUACAGAGAUGUUGGUAAUCAUUUGCAGGUUUAACUUUGAUGCUCUUUUCGCCAUUUGGAUGUUUUAUUUUAUAUUCUUUACUAUAGUUAGUUGGCUAAUGCCACUCCUUUAUUUUUAAAGACGUUAAAGUGCUGACACACAAAUCAUGCAAACAAAUAUGUAUGAGUCGAAGGUAAAAUGUGGGCAAUGUUAAUUUAUAUAAACUUCGGCACGCGGAAGACAAUGAAUUUUUAGACAUUAUGUAUGAAGCUACACAUGUAUUGUCAAAUCAGGCAUCAUCUCAUCAAAUCACUUGAACCAGCGUAUUAUUGGAAUAUUCUUAAUCAAAAUUUUAAAAGUUUUGUGCAUGGUCUCAACAUAUACAAAAUUGUCGCUCAUUAUAUAGAGGCUGAUUUUCCAGUAAACUUUCCAACCAAAAUUUUCAGUCUACAUUAGUUAUGAUAAGUUUCAAAAUGUUUCAUUUAUCUUACAGUAACAAGGGAAGUGGUGUUUACCAAAUCAGUGUUGGGAAAAAUGAAGUUAUCAACGUGUACUGUCGAAUGUCUGCAUUGUCAUAUUGCUCUGGUGGUGGUUGGACAAUGGUGAUGAAAAUUGACGGAAGCUCAGUAAGCCUGCGUGCAGACUUUAUUUUCAAUAUAUUGUGUUUCUAACUGAUCGGAGCGCAAAAUGUUGUAAAUCUUGAUCAUACUUAUAUGCAUAUCUACACUACAAAAAAUUAAACAUUUGAGUUUCUAGCAUAAAAUACUGACAUAAAUGUCACCAUGAGGUUUAGGAUUACGGUGAGCUUGAGAAUUUGGGCCAGUUUUAGGGUAGGGUCAGCUUUAGGAUUAGGGUGAGGUGAAGGAUAAAGUCAGAUUUAGGGUGAUUUUUAACGUACUUGUUUUUAUAGAGUACCUUCACAUACAGUUCCUCCCACUGGACGAGCAAAGGCACUUACAAUGAGAAUGACUAUGGGCGAAAGGGCGGUUUAGACAACCGACAAUAUAAAGGAUCAACUUACUGGAGAACCUCAUUUAAAGAACUUUGUGUUGGCAUGAGAUAUAAUGGAUAUUUCAAGGCAUUCUCUUUCUGGUAUCCAGCAUCAUCGUUGUAUGAUCUGAUCGCAGACGGAAAUUAUCGAGAAACUCGCCUUGGUCCCUCGCAAUGGAGACGUUUAAUCUAUAGACCAUCCUUACAACGUAAUUGCAAUAAAGAGGGGUUUAACGCGCAUGUGCAAAACAGCAUCUUUACACGAGUUCGUUUAGGCCUGAUUGCAAACCAAGAAAAUGAUUGUAAUACGCCCGACUCUUUCAUAGGCCUGGGAGCUUCUGGUGGUUGGCAUUAUUGUAAUUACUCACCAUCUGCCAAUGCCGCGGGUAAUAUUGCCCAGUGUAGUGCAGACAACGGAAACAAGAAUGCCAAAGCCAUGGGAUACAUAUUUGUUCGUUAA